AUGAGCGUUCAACGAAAUCCCAGGGACUCGAUGAAGUCCACCUGGCAAAAGUCAGACAAAAGUCAGUGGAGUUUGCAUCACUGGCUGUACGAAAUUUUGGACAUCCAUCCCAUCGUUCUUGACAAGGACGUCCCGAUCCACGAAAAGACCGACAAGGUGCCCUACCUGCCUGAGAUCCAGCAGCACCGAUGGGUGAUUACACACGCCAUCAUUCCACUCGUUAUUCACCAUGUCUAUACCUCCUAUACCGGCAAGAACCUGACCGCACUCGGCGCCGUCAUCUUCUACAGCCUUGCUUUCAAGCUGAUUGCAAUCCACGAGCUGCACGUACUGCGCCGCGUCGGCCACCAGACGGGUUUCCUCGAUGGUGACGUCCAUGAGCGUGAUGGAGUACCAGACGUGGGUGUUGCAAAGGUGGCCCGCUCUCUUAUCUCAACUUCGACUUUCCGACCGGUCUUCACCGUGUUUCUGGCAUACCGGCAGAGCCAGGCCCCUUCCACAAUCAACUGGUGGUGGCUGCCUGUAGAGGCUGGUCUAUAUGGAAUCAUUCUUGACUUCUGGUUCUACUGGUACCACCGUCUGAUGCACGAAGUUGGCGGACUCUGGAAAUACCACCGAACCCACCACCUGACCAAGCAUCCCAACCCGCUCCUCACGCUGUACGCCGAUCUCGAGCAGGAGCUAUUCGACAUUGCCGGUAUCCCGCUGAUGACCUACUUCUCCAUGAAACUGAUGGGCAUGCCGAUGGGAUUCUACGAGUGGUGGAUUUGUCACAUGUACGUGGUCUACGCCGAACUGGCUGGCCACAGUGGAUUGCGCAUCGUGGCGAUUCCCCCGAACACCCUGAGCUGGGCGCUGCGACUCUUCAAAUCUGAGCUCAUCAUCGAAGACCACGACCUGCACCACCGCCACGGAUGGAAGUCGAGUGGGAACUACGGCAAGCAGACGCGCUUGUGGGACCGCAUCUUUGGCACCUGCAAGGACCGCAUCGAGUGUCCCCCGGAGAACAUUGAUUAUGUGAACACGGCGUACCUGCCUUGGUUUUAG